CAUUUUUUCCUCAAUAGGGGGGAAGAAAGGGACAAAAGCUGGGCCAAAAAGGAAAAAAUAAUAACUUAUCUCUGGAGUGGGUUCGCAAACGUCACCUUUCGUGUUUAAGCAGCGUGUUCGCAGAGCGGUGUACGCGGACAGCGGAUGCUGCUCGGAGGAGCGUCUGCGCGCAGCACCGCCUGUAGACGCAGCUUACUGCCACACACAGUUGCGGGCCGGUGGAAGUGGGAAAACCUUUAGCUCUGUCGGUGGUGGCACAGCGACAACUAACGUUAAUCUACGCUGAAAAUUGGAUGAGCAGUGGAGGCUGGUGUUUUGCACAGAUGCUCGGAGUGAUAUCAGCUGAUGCACACUCACUGUUACGGGAUAUAUUUGUGUUACCACAGCGCCUGUGCAGACAUUGCAUCCAUAUUCAGCCAUGCUGUGAUUCUCAUCCAUCAGUACUAAAUACAGGCUUGUGAGGAAUCAUGUAUCAGGUCCCGGUUGGAAACCUUGAGAAGAUUCGCAAGGCGAGAAAGGCAGUGAAGAGCAUCUUGUGUGAGAUCGGCCUGGAGGACUGUCAGAACCUGCUCAAGGAAAUAAAUGAAAACUCUGAGAAAAACUCGGAUGAAAACGAUGCAUUUCAGGAAACGGAGUGGAUGGAUUUCACAGAAGGAUACUUCAGCAGAAUGCAAAAGAAGUGGCCAUAUCGGUCUCGAUCUCUGUGCUGCAGCCUGUGCAAGUACUCUUCGCAAAACAUCUACAACUUCAGGAGCCACGUCUCUCGCUGCCACGGUUACGUCCAGUCUUUCUGUGCGCUGACACCCUGCUCUCAGUGCGUCUUUAUUGGCCACCCCAAGGUUGUCAAGAAGCACAUGCUGUUCUUCCAUGCCAAACUCCCCGUGCCAAACACUCAGAUGCCGCUGCAGAGGGAAGUGUCUUUACCCACCCAUCGUGGAAACGAGAGGUAUCAGUGUCGAAGAUGUGCGUUUCCAAGCUCUUCUAUCUUUGCGAUGAAGAAGCACAUUAUUCUCAAGCACCUGGAGAGUUUGGCAGAGCAGUAUAUUGGUUACAGAUUACACCUUCAGGGGAAUACAUCCAUCAAAAUGUAUUGCUGCAAGAUGUGCAAGGUGAACACUGGAACUCUAGACCAAAUGUUGCAUCACAUGCUCGUUGAACCAUCGCAUUAUUCAGUGAGCACACAAGUGCAGGGUAUGAUUUAUGAGAAUAAGAACUACAUCAUUAAACCGACUCCUAAUGGGAAUGGUUUGUUUGUGACAUUCCCAAGUAUCGCUCCCAAACCACAGCAACCUCAAAUGCUCAACAGUAAAUCUUUGGUCUUGCCAAGUAAUGGCCAACCUGCUGGGACUGUAGUGGCAUUACAGCAAUUACAAGGGACUACAAACAGCACCACUCUGAUCUGUGCCCCUGGAACUAACCAAGCUUUUCUGCCCCCUCAAGCCUCAGCACUAGUGCAGCUAGCUAGUGCUGAGGCUAAAGGUUUGCUCCAACCCGGUGCCACGAUAGCCCUCCGAAGUGCUUUGCCCCAAGGACCGUCUAUGGUCCAGCUUCCCACAGUCUCUAAUGUUGCUCUGAAACAGGCACCACUGACCUUAACUCCCACUUCAGCUCCUCCUUCAGUUCUGGCUCAACCACAACAGACUCCACAAGCGCAGCAGAUCCUUCUUCCAUCAGGACUGCAGGCAAAUGUGGCAGUGGGAGCUGGGACUGCACCUAAGCCUGCUGCAGUUACACAGAAGUUAUCAACAAACCAAAUCGCCCUACAAGGUACUAUGUUGACUUCACAGUCUCUGCUGAGUCACCUGAUCCCAACUGGCAAUAAGGUGAACGGCAUGCCCACUUAUACUUUUGCUCCCCUGCAAGUAGCAGUGCCAGUCUCUCACAGCACAAAUACUCCUCUCAAGCCUGUUGAGCAAACAAGUAACUCUGCACCACAAACUAAGAAAUGGAUUACCUGUCCCCUUUGCAAUGAACUCUUCCCUUCCAAUGUCUUUGACAUGCACACCGAGGUUGCCCACCAGACAAAAUCCUCCUCAUCCAAGUCGGAAAGUGUAGCCGCACGAGCGGCAUUCCUGAGAAAAAUGCCUGACAAAACUGUGAAAUGUCUAACCUGUAAAAUUCUACUAUCAGAAAAGAGUGUCUUCCAACACCUGCUGCAUGGCUUGAAUUGCUUGUACUGCUCAGCCUUGUUCUUUUCAAUCAAACAGCUCAUCGAUCAUGUAAAGCAGCACAAUCCAACGAGCAAGGCAUACUGUGAUUUCCUGAGGCAGAAGUACAGAGUCUACUCAAAGGGUGUUGGCGGGAUCCUGUUUCCUUACUUUGACGUUCACACAACUGCACCAAGAGAGAUCCUCGGAGACACGGAGGUCAAGCUCGCCUUGGUCACAAGUUCCCUCGAUCUGAUUUUCUUCAAGUUGCAGCCUAGCAGCCACCCAGAAAUCUGCUCCGCACCUGUGAAAGUCAACAGCUCCUACUGUCCCUUCUGUGAUGAAAAGUUUCAGCAGGAGUCGGACUACCUGCAGCACCUGAAACAGAAGCACUUUGUAGCACCUACUAUUCAUGCUAUUCUCAAGACAGAGGCUUUCAAGUGCAUAUACUGUAAUGGCGUGUACACAGGAAAGGUCACUCAGCAGGCUGUGAUGCUCCACAUUCAGCGAUGUCGAUGUUCACCCAAACCACCACAGCCACCCACGCCCGCACCGCCGCCACAGCUGCCACCACAGCCGCCGCCACAGCCACCACCAAAACCAGCUCAGCAGGUCAGUCAGGCUUCUGGGCUCUACUUCCUCCAAGUGCCACAGGGGCUUACAAUGAAACAGACGUUGGCUCCAGCUCGUGUGAUUCCUGCUGUGCGCCGUGCAGAACCCCCAGAAACCGAAGCAGAGCUGCAGUCUAAGAGGAGGCUGGAAGCCGCGUGGAGGGAGGUCAUCGAAGUCAACAAACGAGAACGAGAACAUAAGGCGGCCAUGCGCAAGAAGCGAGAGCAGGAGAAAUUGUUGCCCCCGCCGGAGCCUGAGGUUCCAAGUGACCCCACAGUCAAGCUGCUGCUGGAGCCCACCCCCACGGAGCGCCGCUGCAGCGAGGAACGCAGAGACUUCAUAUCCAAAUACUUCAACGUGAACCCCUACACGACCAAAGCCGAGACCGAAGAGCUGUGCAAGAGGCUGUCUCUCACCAAGGCGGAGCUGGCAGCACUCUUCAGCAAGAAGCGCAGCAAGUGCAUGAAGAGUCUCAAGAGGACCACCCCAGUCAUCCUCCUUGGCUUCAACAUGACUGAACUGAGCAAACUCAAGCACAACCUCGUAAUCCCAGAGCAGCAGCCCACCGAUACGGCGGAUUCAUCGGCCGCCGAUGCGACAGAGGAAAUGGAAAACAGCGAAGAUGGACCAGAACCGAUGGAUGAAAGUGGAAAUGAAAAGGUCACAGAGGGGGAACAGGUGGAGCAGAUGGAGUGAGCUCAGAAAUCUGUGAAAAUGGAGACUGAAAACUGCAAAAAUAAAGAAUUUAAAAGUAGGAAAAAAAAAGCUCUUUAAUGACCACCGUUUGUGUUGACAGUUGUCAGAGAGGUUUCACAUACAGUGAAAAAAGGAUGAUGUAUUUCCUUACAUACAAGCUUACUUGUGACUGAGGGCAGUUUGUUAAUGUAGCCUUCAUUAUUAGUGCUUCAUUUGACUUCAGUAUGUUGUCAGUGGUCCAUAUUUUUCCACAUAAAUGAAAAGCCUUGUGGGAAUGCAGGUCCAGAUGUAUUGUCUGAAACAUGAUGCAGACCAACGAGCUGCAGCAAACAUAUAGCUAGAUACAAUCUCUCUUUCCACAAUGGUUUCAACUUAAGUACUUCUCUGCCUCUUGUUGCUGCUUUUUUGGGGGUUUUUUUCCUUAUGUUUUUCCAAGUUUUCCUUCCCAAUUUCAAAUCUGUUUAUCACGUGCUCAUCUUCUGCCUUUUGAUUUCUUCCAUAGAAUCUUUUAAGGUUACUUACUCCACUUGCCCCUCGACAUUUAUACAGUUUAAGGGGAUUUUUUUUCUUUCUAGCUCACCAACUCGUGGACCUACUGAGAUGAAUAUUCAUCUCACAGUGUGAAAGCUAAAUAUGAAAGAAUGUAUAAGUGUUAUGAGUUCUGUGUUUACUGAAUUCCCACACUUAACGAAGUUGCUGUUGGCCAUGUUCCCUGCAUGAGCCUUUGUUUUAUUUUCAGCUUAAAUUCUAAUUUGUGCCAUUGUGAUCUGCAUAUUUCCUUAGACUUGUGGAAAUUGCUCAAGAGAUUCAGAAAAACAGAACAUCUUACAGGGUGUUCCCCACUUAGUUUUUUUUUUUUCUUCUACUAGUAUUUUCCAAGUCCAAGAGUAUAAAAAAUAUUGGGAGGGAUUAACAGAAAUAUUCUGUCCAAGGCCACUGUGUUGUAAACAGAAUAACAUGGUUUCUUUUAACACGAAUGAUCCAUUUUUAUUUUCAUUUUGCAAUAAAAAUGUAAUUUUUAAUUAAGCUGUGUUAAAGCAUCCCAAGAUAUGUUUUUCUGUUUGUUUUUGGGGUUGUUUUUCAUGUGUAAUUACAAGCUCCAGGCUGCUCUUUCGCUUCCUUUUCUCACAGAGCCGAACAUACUGGUUAAAGUAAUAAUAAAGGCAGUUUAUUAUGUGUAAUAAAAGGCAGACGAGUGUAGAGUCUUAA